UCGGCUGAUAAGCCUAUCUCUCAGUACGCAGCCACGAAACGAAGCUGUGAGCUUUUCGCGGAGACUUAUGCCCAUCUGUAUGGACUGGACAUAAUUAUGCUGAGGUUCUUCACCGUCUACGGUCCCAGAGGACGUCCAGAUAUGGCUUGCUUCAAGUUCAUCGACGCUAUAGAAAAUGGACGUCCCAUCACCAAGUUCGGGGAUGGCUCUAUGGUACGUGAAUUCACAUAUAUAUCGGAUAUAGUAGAGGGAGUGCUGAGUGCUAUUGACCGACUAGAGCGUCCUGACGGAAGGGGCGUCAUCAAAGGUAGGAUGUGCGAUGGUUGGUAUCGUCUCGAGACUGCCUUAGUUAAUUUGGGAGGCGGUAGUUGCCACACUCUCAAUGAGUUCAUUGACACAAUAGAGGCUGAGCUUGGUCGACAGGCGGUGAUUCAGCAGAUGCCGACUCAGCCGGGUGAUGUUUUCAUGACCAGCGCAGACCAGGAGCUAGCGAAGAGGAUCCUUAACUUCACGCCUAGGGUAUCUCUACGUGAGGGAAUACGAGCCACAGUGGAGUGGUAUCGGCAAUGGAAACGAGACCAGGGGAAGCGGGGUGGGUCCAAGACUGCUUGA